AUGAGCGCUCUUUUCAAUUUUCAGGCACUUUUACAAGUGCUGCUUUUGCUGGUUUGCUCAUGCACUUACAUCCACUCUCAAUGGCCUUCGCUGCUGGAUAGAUAUAAAGAUCACAGUAUGUUGGGCGCUUUCUGGAAAUGUGCACGUAUUGGCGAAAGAGCUAGCCCCUAUGUUAGCGUCGCCUGUAUAGUCAUGGCGGUGAAUCAGUUUCAAACCUGA